UACCACGACAACACGGACUACAACUCGACCGACGGGUUUCCACGACGACCACAUCAACAACCAGCACCACUACGACCACCCGGGUUUCGGCGACGACCCCCGUUGCCCAGCGACCGCGACCCACCUCGACUACCCUGCCGCCGCUAUUUCCGCCAGCGGACAGCAAUAUCCCAGGGGGAAACACAAGGACGUCCCCGUCCUCCAAGCUCCCCAACGUCAGCGUUGACUACUGUAAUCCCAUGAUCAUGUCGGAUGUGUCCUGGCCCAAGAUGAGACAGGGAUUGGUGGCGAGGCAACCAUGCCCGACUGGAACAAUAGGCGUGGCCAUGUAUCUGUGUAUGGGGCCCGAAGGAUACUGGGACCCUCAAGGGCCCAACCUUAGCAACUGUACGUCCCCGUGGGUCAAUGUAAUCACCCAGAAGCUCAAAGCCGGAGAGACUGCAGCCAUCAUUGCCAGGGAGCUGUCAGAGCAAACCAAGAGUAACCUUCAGGCGGGGGACAUCACCUACACAGUCAAAGCCAUGGGUCAGCUUGUGGACCUACUCGACGUGCAGCUUAGGAACCUUACCCCUGGAGGCAAAGAUAGCGCAGCCCGCAGCCUCAACAAGCUGCAGAAAAGAGAGCGCUCAUGUAGGAUUUACGUGCAGGCCAUGGUGGAGACCGUGAACAACCUGCUUCAGCCCCAGGCCCAGUCGGCGUGGAGGGACCUGAGCACCGGGGAGCAGCUGAGAGCAGCCACCAUGCUGCUGGAUACGGUGGAGCAGGGGGCCUUCAUCCUGGCCGACAACCUGCUCAAGACGGACAUCGUGCAGGAGAACACAAACAACAUCCAGCUGGAGGUGGCCAGGAUGAGUACGGAAGGAAAUCUGCCCGACCUGAAAUUCCCACAGAGCGGCCAAGGCAACUCCAUCACCCUGUCGGCGAGCACUUUGAAACAGCAUGGGAGAAAUGGUAAAUGGCGUUGCCUUAAAUAAAUGUUUACUGUACAUCAAGGGUCUCCAACGCCAAUC